AUGAAGGCCCGCAUUCAUUUUCAGUCUAUCCUUAACUGGACAGUGGGAAUCCAACUAUUCCUGUGGACACUCCUUUUGCCUUAUACAGCUGCCUUUCCUUUUGAAAUCCCCCCUGACCUUGCAGAAUAUGCCCUGAAAGCCAAUGAUUCCGGCAUCCCGCACAGGCAUCUCUCUAAGAGAGCCUUGGACUACCCCGGCGUAACAUUCUCUUCAACAUGUGACGAUGCUCAACAAAGAUAUAUCAAGGAGGAACUCGAUGAAAUCAAGCUUGUGUUGGUCCAGGCACAGCAACAACUCAGGAUAAUACAAAACGUCAUCAAGGAGAAAGAGCAGCCUAAAGAUUGGGGAACUCGUUAUUCUGAAAAUAGGAGGCUUCUUACCGCAUGGCAGAUGUUUAUGGGGUGGAUCCAGUUCAAUCCCAGCACGAAAGGGGCGAACAAUCAACGAUUGAUUUCAUGGACGAGGACACUGCAACAGAUGACGCUAUUAUCCUCAAUUUAUAAAAGAAUCCACCAGGCCUUAACGGAUUCAACACUCUCAGUUACGAUUCACUGCAACGACGAAUUCUUGGUUUAUCAACCCGAGGAAAGUACUCAAACAAAGCGUGUAUAUAAAGACACGCGGCCUGUGGGAGAGGCAUCCACGGGAUUGAGAGUAUCGGCUACUCUGAAGCUAUGUCAUGAGAGUGAAAGUGUCCACGGAUGGACUCUCAAGAACGAUGUCACAUUGAAGGACGAGAUUACUAUCUGUCCGGGUACAUUCAAAAGAACUAAUACAGCGAACAAGCUUUCCCAAUACGCGAAUGAUGUGUCCGCUUUGAAUGGCAAGACCAUGGAUGACAUGAAAUUUACAGCUGCUGCCGGCACACUUCUUCACGAACUCACACAUUGCGAAAGCAUCCUUGGCAGUGAUAAGACAGGUGACCAGAGCUUCGUUCACCGGGGAACAGUCGAAAAGGCGUAUCAAAUAGCACGAAUUAGAGCAUUUGCUGGCUAUCACCCGGAGCUGACUGUUAAAAAUGCCGAUACCCUUGCAUAUUUUGGUCUAGGUUUGUAA